UACUCAGUGAAAAGACCUCCUCGACAUCCUGUUUGCAGGGAAACUUGAAGGAGAGGCUCUCACCCCCUGCAGCUUUCCCUGAAACCCACAGUCCCCUGCACCUCUCUCAGCAAUGGCUAUGGUGUGUCUUUCAGACUUCGAAGCUUAUGCUAAGAAGUAUUUACCCAAGAUUUCUUGGGAUUAUUUUGCAGCUGGAGCAGACGACUGUACCACACGAGAUGAAAACAUCCUGGCAUAUAAAAGGAUUCGUUUCCGGCCACGUAUGCUGCGGGACGUAUCCGUGACGGACAUUAGGACUAAAAUCCUGGGAACAGAAAUCAGCUUUCCUGUAGGAAUCGCCCCUACAGGCUUCCACCAGCUAGCAUGGCCUGAUGGAGAGAAAAGCACAGCCAGAGCGGCCAGAGCAAUGAACACCUGCUACAUUGCCAGCACCUACUCCACCUGCACGCUGGAGGAGAUCUCCGCAGCCGCGCCCGGUGGCCUCCGCUGGUUCCAGCUCUACAUCCACCGCAACAGGGCAGCGUCCCAGCAGCUGGUCCAGCGGGCGGAGGCCUCAGGCUUCCAGGGCCUCGUCCUCACCGCGGAUCUGCCCUACACAGGCAAGAGACGCGACGAUGUCCGCAAUGGUUUCUGUCUUCCUCCCCACAUGAAAGUGAAGAACUUGGAACAAGCCUUUGAGGGAGAUGACUGGUCUGAGUACGGACUGCCACCCAACAGCUUGGACCCUUCGGUCACCUGGAAUGAUAUCUACUGGCUGCGGAGCCUGACCCGCCUGCCCAUCAUCAUCAAAGGCAUCUUGACAAGAGAAGAUGCAGAGCUGGCAGUGAGACAUGGAGUUCAGGGAAUUAUUGUGUCCAAUCAUGGAGGAAGGCAACUGGAUGAAGGACCUGCCACUAUUGAUGCUCUGGUUGAGGUUGUGGAGGCAGUACGAGGCAGAGUCGAAGUUUAUGUGGAUGGUGGAAUACGAAAAGGAAGCGACGUAUUAAAAGCACUGGCACUGGGAGCAAAAUGUGUCUUUAUUGGAAGACCAGCUUUAUGGGGCCUGGCUUACAAGGGUGAAGAAGGUCUUCAAGAUGUCUUGAGAAUUCUGCAGGAUGAGUUUCGCUUGUCUAUGGCCUUGGCUGGCUGUGCCAGUGUCUCAGAGAUUGGCCAACACCUGGUUCAGUUCUCAAAGCUGUGAUCAGCCUCCUGCCGUGCCCACCAAAUAGAGGCAGCUCAAGCUGAGGCCCCAGCCAGACUGAAGAUGAAAAAGGAGGUGCAAUAAGUACCUUAUAAGGCCUUCCAGAAGCUUCUGAAGAGAUUAGGAAAGGCUCUGUGUUCGCACAGGCUGCACUCUGCCUUUAUUGAGACCAAUGAAUUCCUUAAGAGUUUGGGUAAUUAUUACUUGCUUAAAUACAUUACCUAUGUUGGGUCUUCCUCCAAAGUUCUGCUACACUGGACAGCCAGACAUGGAAAACUACAUGUCCUGCUUUUUCCACUUGUCGUGCCAACGCUCACUGUAACUCAAUCCACACACCUCUCCUGCUCUGGGACAAUAAAUGUUCAGGCUGCUAUCUUUAUGGAAAGACCAUAGUUUGGUGUUUCCUGGAUCUAUUCAUAACAGAUAUAGAAACAAGAUGUAUAAGCUACCAGGGACCCCAGCUACCCUUUGAAGGUGGGGACAGUUCUUGCCCACUGCUUCUAAAUGCAGAGCAAUGAAAGAGUGGAGCAGAGUACAACUUCUGGGGCAAAGAGCCAGCUCUCAGUGUGCAGAGCCCCUGCCUCACCCUGCUUUGGAGCUGGAAGAUACCCUGGUACCCAUUUCCCUGGAAUGUGCCGGGGGACCCAUGCUACCAAAAAGUGACCUUUUGCAUAAACUCUACUUCAAAUUGGCCCAAAGGAGGCAGAAGGAAGGAGCUAACCCUGUUAGCUCAUUCUGUUUAGACUUUAAUUUCUCUCAGAGAUAACAGUGUCUGCAGUGAUCUUCCAGAGGCCUUCACACAGAGGCCUUCCUCUCUGUUCCAGUAACAAUAAACCUUGUCAGCAGACUGACAGCCUGGCAGAUAAGACUUGGGAAUUACAGCACAUCACACACGUUGAUGGAUUCCAAGGAUGUACAAGAAGAGAAUGAGACAACUGGGAGUGCUCAGUCCCGAGAAGGCUAAAGGCAGGGGGAGGGGGGAUCACAUCGCUGUCUUUUACCACUCACUUGGAUCCAGAUCAGCUUCUUGGAUGUGUACAGUAAAAGGGUGAAAGGCAAUGGGGACAAGAUGCAAUGAGGAAAAUUCCAAGUAGAAAUCAGUGGGGGAAAAAAAUCACCAUGAGGGCAGUCAGAUAACUGCAACAUAGGGUUUGUGAAACUUCCAUCAUUAGUGAUAUUCAGAGCUUGACUGGUCAAGGUCCAGAGCAACCUCUCUGACACUGCUGUGAGAAGAGGUUGGCACAGAGAUCUCCAGAGGCUCCCUUUAAUCUGAAUUGUUGGGGGAUAUCACAGAAUCAUAAAAUAAGAGCUGCACAUGAAAUGUGUACUCUGCCAUACCACUGUGCUGCCAUGAUCAACUACAUGGAGCUGCAGAGGCAGCACAUGUAUCUCUGUGAAAGGCUGCAAGAAAGCAUUUUCUGAGAGAAAAGCAAAGAUAUUUGGUGAGUGAACUUAAACUAAGACAUCACAGGGUUCAAUCAGGCUGAGUCUAUUUAACAAGCCCAGUUUUUCCAAGACAUUGAGAGUUUUCUGUGAUCUGUAUUAGGCCUGUGCCAAUGCUUACCAAAGUUUUAUGCCCCCUUGUCUGCACCCUGUUCUGCUUUUUGUACUUGACUGUUGUGAAUACCUCUGAUACCCAUUCAAGCAAGGUUAAACCUUACAAAAAACUGUCCCUGAAGAUUGUAAACAUGUGGGUUAAGGAGCAAUCAAACUCUGCUGCUUCCUUGCAUCCCUGGAGGACAGGACAGAGAAUCAGUCUACUUACAAGGGUAGUUUAUCUACAAAAUGGAUCCAAAUAUAAACAUUUUUCUUUGGCAUAUGAUGCAAAUUUCUCCAGCCUUUAAAUAUAUGAUUCACCCAUCAAGUUCAGCUGAGGAAAUAGUAAAUGGAAAAGGAGAUAAAGGUUUGUUUCUACUUAAUUGCUCAACUUAUGUGCUCUCUAAUAUAGCAAAGACUACUACCAGAAGGUUUUUUUGAUCUUGGAGAUAAUGUCUGAAAUGUUUACAAUCACCUUUCUACUGGAAUAAUUUUGGUAGUACUGAAAUAGGAGAUAUUUUCUUUGUCAGAUUUGAAGACACAGAAACACUGAAGCCCCUUAAGGUGGUUUUCUUCACACCUUGAUUAAAGUGUCUUACAACCGUUCCCCACUAUAAGAAGUUCAGAGUCUGGUGCAGGACAGUCGUCCAAAGGUUAAUUAUUUAAAUCUUGUUCCCUCUUGUCAAUGUAUAAUUAGAAGAGAGGAAAAUGUUUCCAGGAGGGAACAGUGCCCCCCACCCUGAAGGGCAGAAGUUUUCCUUGAGUAAAUCUACAGCUUAAAAUACAGCCUCUCUCCCAGAGCUGCCACCAUGUAAGCAUUUUGAGCUUACAGGCAUACAGUGGUAAGAAACACAUUAAUUUUCCACAUCAGAAGAAACAUGAAUUUUUUUUUUUUUUUUUGUGUGUGUGUGUGUGUGUCUUUUUGGUCACAAUUACUCUAUAUUUUGAAAUCAAAAGGUCCAGUUAAGUAAUGAGCAUGCUUUUGCUUUUCCCUGCUUCAGUUCUCAUCACUCUGGGCAACAGGGCAGACUUUAGAAACCCCUUUCCUGAAUUAAAAUUCUUUCUGGACAAAAAGAUGUCUUCUCCCAUUCUCAAUCCUGGAUAGCCUGAUUGAUUGCAAAAUUGUUUUACCUGAUUCCAUAAUAAACAGCAUUG